AGCUAAGCCAUCUCUCCAGGCAAGUGGUGGUUAUCUUGGUGGGAGCAUCAGUACUAUUUCAUACCUGUCUUACCUGUUCUCUAAAUAAAAAGGAAAAGCCGUGCUUGGUGGUACACAAUUUAAUCCUUUAAUCCCAGCACUCAGGAGGCAGAGGUAAGAUUACCAUGAGUUCAAGGCCACCCUGAGACUACAUAGUGAAUUCCAGGUCAGCCUGAGCUAGAGGAAGACCCUACCUACAAAACAAAACAAAAGAGACCUAGAAAUUAUAAAGACCUAACUUUGUGGACUGUUUUACAAUGGGACAAAGUAGGGAUGAAGGCAUUUUGUUAGGGAGGUUAAUUUUAGAUGAUUGAAGCAUUUGUAGUAAGGUCACUUUCACCAGAAGUGAAUGCCGUGGCAGUGUACUUUGCUUGUACUUUUAGAAGACGCAUCUGUCGGUCGGCUGGAGCUCUUGCGCACGAAGAGAACGUCUGUGCUUCUGCUUUCAUUUUCUUUAGUCUUGUCUCAGCCAUGAUGGCUGAAGUGCGUAUGGUACUGUAUGAAGAUGACUCCGUGCAAGUACAGUAUGCUGAUGGCUCCAAAUUGCACCUUUCUCCUUGUGGCUCUGAGUUUUUAUUUGAAAAGCCACCUCCUGUUUCAACCCAUCCUUUAGAACAUCCACAGAGAAUUCGUCAGCGAACACAGUUUGUUAUUAGCACUUACCGAGAGCAAGUACAGCGAGCCCUAGAUUUCCGAAACUCUGCAGCUACCUGCCCUUUCCUAUCUGAAAGCAUCAUACCUUCUGAAAGAAAAAAGCGUAUCUUCAUUGAUUUCUCAGAAGUGAGAUGGCCCAGUCUUGAUACAGAUGAGAGAAUGACAUGUUUGGAGAACGGCACUGUGAAGAUAACAUCUUUAGAUGGUCAUGCAUACCUUUGCCUGCCUAAAUCUCAGCAUGAAUUUACGGUCCACUUUUUGUGUAAAGUGAGCCAGAAGCCAGAAUCAACUGCAGUAUUGUCAGAAAAAAAUCAUCAGCCCCCCAAAGACAAAGCCAGCAAAAUCUGUGUGCAUGGAAAUUUAUCAGGACAAAGGCUAGAGAAUAAGGAAAACAAACUUCAUUACCAGGUCUUGCAAUCAAGAAAAGGUUUUGAGAAGAUAAGUUGUGUGAUUGGAAUUGAAGGGAGUGAGAAGCUGUCUUCACCCGGCCCGAAGAGCAGAUGUGUAUAUACGUGGGUAAAGCAGCGCUGGCCUGUGGGCUCCUGUCCAGGGCCAUGGAAAUACCCCUUGUCUUUAGCACUUCGUUUCCAUAACAGAAUUAGCAUUAUUUCAAAAAGCACUGUGGAUUACCUCACGAGCAGGAUUUUAACUUCUGAUGCUUCUGAAGUAACAGGAAGUGAGGCUUCUGUUCUUCCCAAGGCCCUGUUACUUAGCUGUCCUGCCCCACACCUGCACAGGUGGAAUUUUUGUGAUUCACUUGUACAGAUGCAGUCUAAUGAAGAUUAUUCCUAUCCUGAACUAAUAAAAAUGGUUUGGGUUAAGGGUAUUACCUAUAGACUCACCCAUGGAAACAUUAACUCAAUAGAGGUUUACCCUGGAGAUGGGUCAGUUUUCAAAUCAGAAGGAACCUAUUUUGGUAACUAUUUUACAUAUUAUUCAAGUCAAGAAGGAUCACAAGAGGAAGACGAGAAAACUUAUUCAGUAAAUAAUCUUCCUCCAGACAGACCAGGAAGUCUUUUCUCUGUCUGUUCUCUGAUAAAAGAGGCAACUAGAAUUCUUGAAUAUUGUGCCAAAAUGAGGCUUUCUCUAAGCCACAACUAUCGUUUAUGCUGCUGGAAAGUGCAACCUGGGAUACGUGACAGCAAUAUACUGCCUGUGCUUUUGAAAGAAUCUCUCAUACCCAGUGUGGGAAGAUUACUUGCCUACUCUGAUGACAAAGUGCAUGCUGUCUUUUUAGAUGGCAUUACCCUAACACUAAAUUGGAAUUUCAGCUCCUUGAGUGAAAAAAGACAGGUAAAUCAAGGCCUCAACUUAGGCUGGUGUAGAUUAACUUUUCCUGAUGGACAAGAUCAGUUCAUUAAGAUUGAGCACCCUGGGAUGUAUGAAAGAUAUGUGACAACAGUAACAUCCUGGUGCCGAAGAGUGACCCAGACUAAUUCAAGACAGACACCAACACAUCUGCCAUCUGUUCUCAAAGAAAACUGGUCUGUUGCUUCUGAACUGGAAAAGAUACAGAAAUUCACCUUGCUGCUAGAAAAUAGUGGUAUCCUCAACCCAGAUUUUAACAAAAAAGAGCAAUGUUCUGAUGACUGUAAUCCAAGAUCUUCAGAAACCUUAGAAAUUAAUGAAAAGAGUGUGUCAGCAGCAUUGAACAAAACUUCUAAAAUCCUUCAAGAUAUUGACUGUCUACUAUCAACCUCCAAAAAAACUACAAAAAGAGAAACAGAUCCCAAAAAAUGACAGCACUGCAACCUAAGGAUCUCCCACUUUAGCGGACUUGUUUUAUUUAAAUUGCAUCAUGAAUCAGGUACACUUUCAUCUCCUGCGAACCUACGAGAAGACUUGCUGCAACGGGUGUGAAGUUAAAAAGAGAAACAGAGUGAGCUGGAGAAAUGCUUGCAAAGCCAAAAGACCCAGGUUCGAUUCUCCAGGAUCCACGUAAGCCAGAUGCAGAAGGGGCACAUGCAUCUGGAGUUCUUUUCCAGUGG